AUGCUUUUCGCGGAUGACAUAGUCCUGAUCGAUGAGACUCGUAGCGGAGUUAACGCUAAGCUGGAGGAUUGGAGACAAACUCUGGAGUCUAAAGGGUUUAAGCUGAAUAGGACCAAGACAGAGUACUUAGAGUGUAAGUUUAGUGAAGCACCUCAGGAGGCCGGCUUGGAAGUGAGGCUUGGUACCCAAGUCAUCCAGAAGAAAAGUAGUUUCAAGUAUCUUGGGUCUAUUAUGCAAGGCAGCGGGGAGAUUGACGAUGAUGUCACACAUCGUAUUGGGGCAGGGUGGAUGAAAUGGAGGCUUGCUUCCGGAGUGCUAUGUGACAAGAAGGUGCCACCACAACUUAAGGGAAAGUUCUACAAAGUGGUGGUUAGACCGACUAUGUUGUAUGGGGCGGAGUGUUGGCCAGUUAAGGUUUCUCACGUUCAAAAGAUGAAAGUUGCUGAGAUGAGAAUGUUGAGAUGGAUGUGUGGCCACACCAGGAGUGACAGGAUUAGGAAUGAGGAUAUUCGGGACAAGGUGGGAGUGGCCUCGGUGGAAGACAAGAUGCGAGAAGCGAGAUUGAGAUGGUUUGGACAUGUGAAGAGGAGAGACACGGAUGCCCCAGUGCGGAGGUGUGAGAGGUUGGCCAUGGAUGGUUUCAGACGAGGUAGGGGUAGGCCAAAGAAGUAUUGGGGAGAGGUAAUUAGACACGACAUGGCGCAGUUACAGCUUACCGAGGACAUGACCUUAGAUAGGAGGGUUUGGAGGACCCGUAUUAGGGUAGAAGGCUAGUAGAUAGUCUUAUUACCCUGCCUUAUUAAUAGUCGCAUUAUCGUAGUAUAAUUUCUUGUGCUCUAAUUUAUGCUAUUAUGCUAUUAUCUGUUAUUUCCUAUGCUUUGAUUAUUCUAUGUUAUCUGUGUCGCUUGCGUUACUUCAUUUCCAUAUCGCUUUGAAUCUCUUAGCCGUAUCUGACCUCUUUUUAUGUUUUUAUUGAGUCGAGGGUCUCUCGGAAACAGCCAUCCUACCUUGGUAGGAGUAAGGUCUGCGUACACUCUACCCUCCCCAGACCCCACGUUGUGGGAUUUCACUGGGUUGUUGUUGUUGUUGUUGUUGUUGUAUAC